AAUAGUGGAAUGCUCGUCCAACUUGGGUGCUUACUACUUGUCCUUGUCCAUUGUCUUGUCUCUCCACUAUUUGAUAUCAGCAGAUGAUCGAAUAAAAGAAAUUCAAUGCUAAACUCCUUUUUAGCCAUAUAGAACUCCUACCUAAGUUGGUGUAAUUGUUAAUGUCGGUCCAUGUUUAAUAUAGACAUAUCAAACUCUGAGGAGUCUAAUUUUGAGCAAAAUCUGAUGACACGCACAAAAAAUUAUGCUCCAGCAGGACCACCUGCAGGCACAAUUAGCCUCUAGCAGGAUAGUAUUUGGUAGGUCUUCCCUCACUUAUAAAACUAAGGAACCGCUAUGGAGGAAUCUGCCAAUUGUUAUCUGAAAGACAACUGACAGAUAAGAAAAUAGCUUAAGCAUGUGUAUGUGAAUAGGCAAAACAAUGAAGUGAAAGACUGAUAGUUGAAAGUGGUAAGCUGACUCUCAAAAUAUAGGUGUUUUAAAGAGGUGAACAUCCAUUCUCCCCAGCAAAAAUAUUAACCUCUUUAGACAAAAAUGCAAGAAAUGAUAUUGACGUUAAAAAAUUAAAAUGAGAAUAACAUAGGGUCACAGAGGUAGUAUAUAAACAACCUUUGCUUAUUGUUUAUUGCAACUGAGAAAGCAAAAAUCAUAUCCGCAAACCUGAUUGCAAGAAACAAUAAGGACUUAAAUCCUUGUACAGUUCACAGCACUACAAAAAAACUUCAUAGCAAAUCCUGUCGACAUGGCAACCCAUAUCUUUCCUUAUAUAUUGUACAUAAUUUACUAAUCUUCAUUUAUGAGCUCUUACACACUUUUCAUUCUUUCUUCACACAUUAACCCCCUACUCUCCGCCUUCCUCUUUCUAUCUCCCCCCCCCCCCCUUUCUCUCUCUAUCUCUCACACACACACAAACCAACCCAACUUCACGAAAGCUUUAUCUUUAAAAACUAUAGUAGAAGAUGAAAUCGCUCACAAAUAGUUUCUUAAAGAAUAAUGACCUAAUCGGCAGGUUUCUAGUGACCAUGUUACUGAGUAGUAAUCUUUACAAAAAUGAUAUAUGUUCUAAACUUCCUUCUGAUAACCCAACAGUUUCUUCUCAGUCGGAGUUCUCAAUCCUACCAUCGUCGCUUAAAUCAUUAAGUCUUGAUGGGCAUAUUUUCUUUGAGGACAUUCAACAUGCAGCCAAUGACUUUGGCAACAGAUAUCAUUUUCUGCCAGCCGCAGUUCUGCACCCAAAAUCAGUUCGUGAUAUUUCUUCAGUUGUCAGGCAUGUUUAUGAACUGGGAAAUACUUCUAUGCUCACUGUUGCCGCAAGAGGGCGUGGUCACUCCGUGGCAGGCCAAGCACAAACCCAUCAAGGAGUAGUUAUAAACAUGCAAACUCUUCAGGAGCAGAAAAUGUGCUUUCACACUGGAGAUUUGCCUUACGUCGAUGUAUCUGGUGGUGAGCUGUGGAUAAAUAUACUGCAUGAGGGUCUUAAACAUGGUUUUGCACCAAAAUCCUGGACAGACUAUCUUCACCUAACUGUUGGGGGAACACUAUCGAAUGCUGGAAUCAGCGGUCAAGCUUUUCGCCAUGGACCACAGAUUAAUAAUGUUUACGAGCUGGAGGUAGUCACAGGAAAAGGAGAGAUAGUGACCUGUACAAAGCAGCACAAUGCUGAUCUCUUCUAUGGUGUUCUUGGUGGAUUGGGACAGUUUGGCAUUAUCACAAGGGCUAAAAUCUCUGUUGAAAAGGCACCCAAGAGGGUUAAAUGGAUUAGAAUGCUGUAUACAGACUUCAGCAUAUUUUGCCAAGACCAAGAACAUUUAAUAUCAUCAGAUAAUUAUUUUGAGUAUGUUGAGGGAUUCGUCAUUAUAAACAGAACUGGUCUAUUACAUAACUGGAGAUCAACUUUCAGUCCUAAAGACCCACUUCAAGCAAGCAAAUUCCACUCUGAGGGAAAAACUCUCUACUGUCUGGAAAUUGCCAAAUACUUCAAUCCAGAAGAAAGUGAUACCGUAAACCAGCGGAUCGAGGUUUUAUUGGAGGAACUAGAAUAUAUACAGUUCACUCUUUUCUUGUCAGAUGUGUCAUACAUGGAAUUUCUUGAUAGAGUGCAUGUGUCUGAAAUUAAACUCAGAGAACUAGGCUUGUGGGAGGUUCCUCACCCAUGGCUUAAUCUUCUCAUUCCUAAGAGCAAAAUUCAUGACUUUGCCAAAGAAGUGUUUGGCAACAUCCUUACAGACACCAACAAUGGUCCUGUACUCAUUUACCCAGUAAACAAGUCCAGAUGGGACAACAAAACUUCCAUGGUAACCCCACAAGAAGAUCUUGUCUACCUCGUGGCCUUCCUAUCCUCAGCGGUGCCAUCUUCCACCAAAUCAGAUGGAUUAGAACAUAUUUUGGCACAAAAUAGAAGAAUUUUGGACUUCUGUGAUUCAUCCAGUCUCGGGGCAAAGCAAUAUUUGCCCCACUACAACACUCAGAAAGAGUGGAAAGCUCAUUUUGGAUCUAAAUGGGAGGUCUUUAGGAAGAGGAAAUACAGAUAUGAUCCCCUGGCGAUCCUAUCUCCUGGUCAAAAGAUCUUCCAGAAAGAAAAGGCAUAUUUGUAAUGUUUCUCGCAAAAGAGAAAACCACACAUAUUGUAGUGCCAAACUCUCAUCAUAUUUGCUUCAAUAUGGAAAUGCAACUGUUUAGCAUAAAGAAUUUUUGAUUCAUAUGACAACUAUGCCUAAUUCUAUAGUUAUUUUAGUAUAGUGAU